CGCCAAUAUUAUGGAUGAAAAAUAUCGAGGAUUGGAAUAAUUAGUAUAGCAAAAGCGAUAAGCUUAACAGUUGAAAAAUCCACCAAAGAAGAAGGAUAAAAUAGAAUAGGACAUAGAUAAUUUCAUUGAGAAUGAUGUUGAUGUUGACGGAUAUUAUGAUAAUGAAGAUUCAUAAGAAGAGGAAAUAAAAUAAUAGGAUGACAAUCAACAAUAGAUAACUCAAUAUAUGGGAUAGAACAAAAAGAAAAAAUAAACAGGUAUUAAGCUGAGUGAUGAUGUGAAUGAGGUGGAAUAAGUAAUUCAAUAAGAAAAAGUAGAAAAAGUAAGUGUAAAAUAAGUAGUUACAAACAGCGAUGAAUUAUAUAAAGCAUAAUUUAAUGAACCUUUAAAGCCUAAAUAACAAAUUCAAGAAGAAGAUUUUGAUGAGUUAUUUAAUUUUUUAGAAGAAUAAGAAAAAGAAAAAUAACAAUCAAUUUAGAAGUAAUAAGUAAAGGAUAUGCAUUAAAAACUAAAACCUCAACAUAGAUAAGUAGAAUUGAAAUUAGAAACUCCUCAAGUGUAAUUCGAUCAAUCUAAAAUAACCUAAACUUAAAUAGUAAAAGGAGAUAGAGAUAUAAAAGAUCUUAUAGAAGAAGAUUAAUCAAUACUUUUUUAUUGGAUUGACAUUUAUGAAGAUCAAAAUAGAUUUCCAGGAAGUUUGUUUGUUUUUGGUAAAGUAAAGAACAAAAAAUUAAAUGUUUAUGAUUCAUGCUCUCUUUAUUUUGAAGAUUAUUACAAAAAAAUAUAUUUAUCAUAUGAGAAUGGAAAAUAUUCUGAUUAAGAAAUAAUAUAAGAGUGUUAAGUUGUUAUGAGGAAAUAUUUAGAAUUAGAAUCGAAAGAUUAUAAUUAUGAGUUUGUUGAGAAGUAAUAUGCAUUUGAGAUUGCAGAUAUUCCUACAACUAAAUAAAAAUAUUUAGAGGUAUCUUACACUUUAAAACAUAAAUCUACAAUGCCAGUAAGAUUAGAGAGUCGUAUUUUUAGAUAUGCAUUAUAAUCUACAUAGACAUUAGUUGAAUAAUUUUUGAUAUAUAAUAAAAUAAGAGGACCUUGUUGGUUAAAAAUAAAAACUGGCAAGACUCUUUAAUCAAAGGAUUUUAGUCUGAAAACCUAACAUCAACUUUAAUUGCCUAAUAAUGGGUUUGAAGUAUAUUAAAAAGAAUUGCCACUUCCAAGUUUAAAAUUAUUAAGUUUUUCUCUUACUUUAUGCAAAAUGGAUAAAGAUGAACAGAUUAUUGCUAUUUCAUACACAGUUUAAAAUAAUAUUGAUUUAAAUGAUGCUGAAAUACCUGAGUAAAUGUAUCAUUAAAUUCUUGCUCGAAUGCCAAAUGAUGCUCCUUUACCUCCUGGAUACAUAAAAGGAUAAAAUAAAUAAGUAAUAGAUUUUGAUUCAGAAAAAUAAAUGUUAUCUUAAUUUUUAUAAAAUGUAGAAUAAAUAGAUCCUGAUGCAUUAGUAGGUCAUGAUAUAUAAAAGAGGUAUCUUGAACAACUUUUUGCCCGUAUUACUAAGUUAAAGGUUAAUGAAUGGAACAGAAUGAAUAGAUUACAAAAGAAGUAUACAGAAUAGAUGCCUAAAUAAAUAUUUUUGAGAAACAAAUAUGUAACUAUUGGUAGAUUAAUUAUUGAUUUAUGGAUUUAAUCAACAAGUAUGAUAAAAAGCAAUGAUUACAGUAUUACAUACUUAGCCAAAGAAUAUUUGAACUAAGAUUGUAAGUAAUUAGAAUCUGAUGUUACUGAGAAAUAUACUUAGAAUCUUGGAGGUUAUUAAACAUUAUUGCAACUAAGUUAGAAAGAGCCUAAAUUUACUAUUUAGAUCAUGUAAAAACUAAAUAUCAUUUCUUUGACUCGACAAUUAACAAAUAUUUGUGGAAAUGUUUGGAACAGAUCUUUACUUAAUCAACGUGCUGAGAGAAAUGAAAUGUUAUUAAUGCAUGAAUUUUAUUUAAAAGGAUUCUUACUACCAGAUAGAAUGAGUAAGAUCAAUUUAUCAGAGGAAGAGAGAGAUCAUUAAAUUAAAGAAUAAGAAUAAAAAAAAACUUAUGGGGGUGGAUUAGUUUUUGAACCAAAAGCAGAUAUUUAUACUUAAUAUGUUUUACUUUUAGAUUUCAACUCAUUAUAUCCAUCAAUUAUUAUGGAAUAUAAUAUUUGUUUCACUACUGUUUAGAGGGAUAAAAUAAACUUUGAAGUUGAUAACACUUAAUUAGAAGAAGAAUCAACAGAGAACAAAAACUAAAAACCUAAGAAGAACAAAAAAAAGAAGGAUGAUAUAAAUUAAGAAGAGAAUAAUUUAGAUUUAUAAAAUGAAGAUUUUAUUGGUUAAGUGGAUCCAGAUGCUGAUAAAGGAAUAUUACCAUAAAUUAUUGAAAAAUUAGUUGAAAUGAGAAAGUAAGCUAAGAAAGAUAUGAGCAGAUCUACAGGGUUAAUGUAAAAAAAUUAUAAUAUAAAAUAAUUGGCUGUUAAAUUAGUUGCAAAUUCAAUCUAUGGUUGUUUGGGAUUUAGCAGUUCUAGAUUUUAUGCAAUUGGAAUAGCUUCAUUAAUUACUAGAAAAGGCAGAGAAAUACUUAUAGAUUCAAAAAAUACUGUUGAAAAAUAGAAUGAUGUAAUCUAUGGUGAUACAGAUUCAAUGAUGAUUUGUGCUAGAUAAGAGAAAAAAUUAGGAGAGAUAUUAUAAUUAGGUACUUAGAUUGCAAAAGAAAUUAAUAAAAAAUACAAAAAAUUGGUUUUAGCUAUUGAUGGAGUCUUUCAUACACUUUUACUAAUAAAGAAAAAGAAGUAUGCAGGAAUUAAAAUUGAUAAUUUAGAAGAUUUAAUUGCUGGAAAAGCUUAGGAAGAAGUCUUGAAAAGAGAAGUUAAAGGUAUUGAUAUUGUAAGAAGAGAAUUUUGUGAUAUAUCUAAGAAAAUUCAAUCUUAUGUUUUAGAUAUACUACUUGAAACUAAAAAUAGAGAUGAUAUACAUGCGAACAUAAUUGAUUUAAUGUAAGAAAUCAGAUAAAUGUUUGAUGGAUUAAAGGGAGAUCCAAAUUUAGAUCCUAAAUAAUUAAUAUUAUAAAAUAAGUUUUUGAAAUAUGAGAUUCCUAUUUCAGAUUUUAUCAUAAUAAAACAAUUAAAUAAAGCUCCACAUGAAUAUGCAGAUAGUUUAAGUCUUCCUCAUGUUUAAGUUGCAUAGCGAAUGGUUAAAUAGGGGAGAUCAUCUUAAAGUUUGGCUCAUCAUUUCAUUCGAUAUGUGAUUUGUGAUGAUCCUAGUUAAAAGAAUAUAUCUUUGAGAGCCUAUACUGUUGAAGAGUUAUAAGAUCGUAAUUUAAGCAUUGACUAUAACUAUUAUCUUUCAACAUAGAUAUUUGAUCCAGUAGUACGACUUUGUAAAAAUGUUUAAGUCAUUUCUAUAUCAGAGUUGUCAUAAAUCUUAGGACUUAAAUCAUAUCAAUAAAAAAUGUAAGAUUAUAUUAAUAUUGCUUAGUAAUUUGAAAUCAGAAUUCUAAGAUGUUUAAUUGGAGGAAAAUUAGGAAGAUUUCUUAGAACAUAUUAAAGGUUUUUCUUUCAAGUGUCCAAUAUGUAAGGAAAAUUAUGAGUACUCAUUAUUUUUUGAUAAACAAAAACUAUUCCUUAAAUAAAUAAGUUGUUAAACCAAAAACAGUUUAUAUAGCCUUGAAAAUUUAAAAUCAAUAUCCAAUCAAACUAAACUCUAAAUUAAAAAGGAUAUUUCUAAUAAUUAUUAUAAAGGAUAUCUUAAGUGUAAGUAAGGUAACACAGAAAACAUUUCAACAAAUUUUUGCCGAAAAGGAAUCUGUUUCGGAAUUUGUUGUGAAAAUAAAUAAGGAAAAAAGUUAGUACAUUUGAUUAAUGAAUAAACUGUUAAUGAACAAGCCAAUCUACUAACAUAAUUUUUAAAUAAAAUCUUAUCAGAGAUCAAUAAAAAAGAAUAAUCAAAUAAAAAUAAAACAAUUAAUUAAAUUCAAGAGGAAAAGUAGUUUACUUAACCAUUUUGCAUUGUGAAAUUAAAUGAAAUUUUAAGAAAAUUUAAAAUUUGA